ACGUCACAAUUCGUUUGUCACAACGUAACUGUUAACUGUUACAGUUUUUCCGGCGAUAACGAGCUGGGAGUGUUUGAUGUCUUGCGCAGCGAGGACGCUCUCGUGUUCUGUCAGGCGCCGCGCGGAGACACCUAAAGCAGCGCCGCGGACGCGCCUGAGCUCUUCCGCGUUGGCGAGCGUCCACGCGAAACAACCGGAGGCAUCGAUUAUCGGUUUAUAGGCGAGCACGCGCUGCACGGCUAACGGCAUGUCACUGCUGGACUCUGACGACAGCUACGAUCUAGUCUUCAAAAUCGUUCUAGUUGGAGAUGUCGGUGUCGGCAAAACGUGUGUGGUCCAGCGUUUCAAGACCGGUAUAUUCAUCGAAAAACAGGGGAACACGAUCGGUGUGGAUUUCACCAUGAAGACGCUGGAAAUCCACGGGAAGAGGGUUAAGUUACAGAUUUGGGAUACAGCUGGACAGGAGCGGUUUCGCACGAUCACACAGAGUUACUACCGCAGUGCCAAUGGUGCCAUCAUCACUUACGACAUCACGAAGAGAGCCACUUUCAUGUCUGUGCCCAAGUGGAUGGAGGAUGUGAAGAAAUAUGGGGGUUCCAACAUUGUUCCUCUGUUAAUUGGUAAUAAAUCAGACUUGACCGACUUGCGUGAAGUUCCAUUUGAGGACGCACAGACCAUGGCUCAUCAGCUGGAUUUUGUUAGUGCCAUCGAGACUUCAGCCAAGGACUCUAGCAACGUGGAAGAGGCAUUUAACCAAAUGGCCAUUGAGCUCAUUCUCAGACAUGGCGGGCCCAUGUUCACUGAAAAUGUAACAGACAGCUUUAAACUCAACAGCAAGGAUGUGACCAAUGAGGGCUGGGGGUGUGGGUGUUGAUCACUAUUCAGAAAGCAAUAAAAAGCUCUGGUUCUUACCACUUUAACUCAGUUAUAUAAAUUGGGUCCCGUCAGGCAGAUGCUGAAUUUGAAGCGGGAGACGCUGAGGAUACAUUUCUAGGAGUGGUUUAUAAAAGACCCACAAAACAGCACCAUGUGAUUUUAUAACUUAACUGUGAAGACGCUGGGUAGAGACCAUUUUGAUUGCCAAGCACAAAAUCAUAACCAGCCAAAAAUGAUGUGCAAUUAUUUUCUUUAAAUUUAGGCUUGAAAGGACAAAUAUCACAGUGUCAAAAACCAAUAAAAAAAAACUAUUUGUUUCACCAUUGAACGCAAAAUUACUGUGCGAUGUGACACAAUCAGCCAAUCAGAUCGUGUUAGAUUUUUAAUGUGCAGUUAUGUGUAGCAAGAAUGGGCGGGGCUUCCUAGAGCAACAACUAACAAACAGAAACCAAGCUGUUGAUAAAAUAUCCUAUCGCUGUUAAAGUUACACGUGUACAGUAUGUGACACAUUUACAUCUCAGCAGAAGUUUUGUACUGUAUGUUUUGGUUGCAUUUAUUUGAUGCAAAUGAUACGAGGCUGUGAGGGAUAGACUGUGGACAUAUUUUUAGCGCUUUGUCAUCUGUAUGAUCGACACUGAACUCUUUCACAUUCCAUUAGUAGUAAAUGAAAUGUCAUCUAGCCAGACUAAGGUCCACUGCCACUUGCUUAAUCUUCCUAAUAGUUAUGUAACUGUUUCAAGACCUUUUGUAACAACGGCUCAGCAAGGCUUAAGUCAUUGUCAUCAAUAUUCCUACAUUUUAUAGCUACUCAAGAUUUCAAGUGCAGAUGCAGCAGUGAAAAUGUUGAAAUGGACAUUUGCACCAGAACACAGAAUCAAAUGACUUCUAUUCCACGGAAGGGGAUUUGUUGAGGUACAUUGGGUUCGUGACUUUCCCUUUCAUCCAUAUUGACCAGAAAUCUCUCGUUCUUCAUAGAUUUGGCUGACCUGAAUUCUCAGCAUGGUAUCAGCAGCCACGGUCUUAAGGCAUUUUGCCAAUGUUUUCAGUUAAUUUUUAAGAUUUAAAGAAGAAAAAAAAAGCAACAUUUUUAAGAGUGCAUUUGAAAAUGAAGGUAGCCAGGUACUGUGGUAAACGAGUGGCCAUCUGCAGUUCUCUAGGGUAAAUUGGUUUGUAUACAGUGUUUAACGGCUGCCAUGAUGGGUUACUUUACACUCUAAUUAUGUACUAUUUUGUGUAAAUGUGUUUUUAUAAACCGGCCAAUUUUAAAAAUGCAACCCUUUUGAAGUGACAUUUUAUUAUAGAUGUCACAUGGGCAUUGGUAUUUUGUAUUUUGCAUUCAUUUAGUACCACAAAGCCUUGUUAAAUUAUAAUAGAGUAUAAUAAACUAGCUUUUUAAACUUGCAAAAAAAGCAUUUUUCUAAUAGUCGGUACAUAAUAUUGUACCAUGUCUAAUUUGUGACAAGAUUGCACUGAUGAAUUAGGAAGUAACAUCAAUCUCAAGAAAGCCAUUUCACAUGCAAUAGUGUAUUUGUAUUUGCUUGCAAUAUCUUCUUAAGGUUAAGAGUUCAGUUUGGUACUUUUUAUAUAUCACCGACUGACACGUACGUCUUUUUAAAUCGAGAAAAAAAAAUAUAUAUAGGUCUUUUAAAUCAAAAUAUAUAUUUAGGAUAUGGUAUGGUGGCAGCCUUUAAGAAUGUUAAGUCUUUAGUUUCACAAAUUUGUAGUUUG